AACAUAAUUUUAAAAAGAACUUUAAAAAGACAGAUCUGAUGAAGCAUGAGAGAAUGUGUGCAGGAAAGAAACCUUGGACAUGUAGUGAGUGUGGGAAAACCUUUAGUUACUACUCAGCUUUUGUCUUACAUCAGAGAAUCCACACAGGAGAAAAACCCUAUGAAUGCAAUGACUGUGGUAAGAGCUUUAGCCAGAAUAUACACCUCACUCUGCACCAGCGAAUCCACACUGGAGAGAAGCCCUAUGUAUGUCAUGAAUGCGGGAGAGCCUUCAGUCACCGCUCUGCCCUUAUUCGGCAUCAUAUCAUUCAUACUGGAGAAAAACCCUAUGAGUGUCAUGAAUGUGGAAAGGCCUUCAACCAGAGUUCCUACCUCACUCAGCAUCAGCGAAUCCAUACUGGUGAGAAACCUUAUGAGUGUAAUGAGUGUGGGAAGGCCUUCAGCCAGAGCACAUUUCUUACUCAGCACCAGGUCAUUCACACUGGAGAAAAACCCUAUAAGUGUAAUGAGUGUGGAAAAGUCUUCAGUGAUCGUUCAGGCCUAAUUCAGCAUCAGAGAACUCACACUGGGGAGAGGCCUUAUGAGUGUAACGAAUGUGGGAAAGCCUUUGGCUACUGUUCAGCUCUGACUCAGCACCAGAGAACUCACACUGGGGAGAAACCCUAUCAGUGCAACAACUGUGCCAAAGCUUUCAGUGACCGUUCAGCCCUUAUUCGUCAUCAGAGAACACACACCGGAGAGAAGCCUUACAAAUGUAAGGACUGCGGAAAGGCUUUCAGCCAGAGCUCAUCUCUUACAAAGCAUCAAAAGACUCAUACCGGAGAAAAACCUUACAAAUGUAAAGAGUGUGGAAAAUCUUUCAGCCAAAGUUCUUCUCUCUCUCAACAUCAGAAAACUCAUGCUUCAGGGAAAAGCAGUGGCUAUGGAAAGACUUUUAGUGAGCAUUCAGCUUUUGGUCAGCAAAAAAAUAAUUCAUACUGUAUAAGGACUAAGUCAAUGUAAUUAUUUCUGAUGAAAGUUGGAUGGACAUUCACUACAUAUGGUGUGAGGGCUGCAAAGAAAUUUUAGGUCUACUACAAAAUCUAUUAAUUGGGAAUCAUUGUUGGGAUGAAGUGUAGAUUACUUAGUAAGUAAAAGAUUAUAAACUUUUAAAGUGUCCCAGUGGAGGAUAUUGUGAAUUUUGCUGAGGAAAGAG